UUGUCGUCGCAUCACGUGAUGAAAACAUCGCCUUGCAGCCGCAGGAAGAGGUGGCAUUUAGCUUAGCGGCUAACACUAAUAAACGACCUUUAUUAUAGGACCUUGAAAAAUACGUCCUUGUCAACUACCUGGCGUGAUAAAGUAUGCCGCAGAAAGAUCCCUGUCAGAAGCAAGCAUGUGCAAUUCAACAUUGUUUACAAGCUAAUAAAUACGUGGAGAGUAUGUGUCAAGAUGUGAUCAGGGAGAUGCGGCGGUGCUGUGAGACUCACGCUGCAAACUCCAUCUGCUGCUCUGGAUUCAAGGACCCAAAACCCACUGAAAACAAAAGUAUCACAUAGCUUUCCUGUGGAGCGCCUUUGAUGGGAAUAAUAAUGGGAAUAAACAUUGUAUCAAUGUUUUAUUGACUGUAACAGUGCAGUUGAUUAAGUUAAAUGGGCUAUUUUUUAUAGCAAAUAUGUAUUUGACAUGUCAUUGCACGCAAAUAAAACUACUAUGAGCCCUGGAA